GUCCAAGUCUAUUAUGGUCCCAUUAUCUUUUUAGUUACGAUGAUGUUCUUUUGAUAUUCAUCAGGUCAGAGGUAUAGUGUAGUUAUUCCUGAGAAAUUGAAGACUGGGAAAUGGAAUGUAUACAGAUCUGCACUUUCUCCUUUGAAGCUUGUUAACAGUUUUCCAAAUCAUGCUGAAAUCGUCACAUUGCAUGAUAUCUUCGUGCAUGCAGUCGAAACUUUCCAAGAUUACAAAUACUUGGGUACACGUAUUCGGAUUGAUGGAACCAUAGGAGAAUACAAAUGGAUGACAUAUGGAGAGGCAGGCACUGCUAGAUCAGCAUUAGGCUCAGGACUUCGCCAUUAUGGACUACAACCAGGAGCUUGCAUUGGAAUUUACUUUAUAAAUAGACCAGAAUGGUUGAUUGUUGAUCAUGCCUGCUCUGCAUAUUCGUUUACUUCAGUUCCUUUAUAUGACACGCUUGGUCCUGAUGCUGUUAAAUAUAUUGUGAAUCAUGCUGAUGUACAGGCCAUAUUUUGUGUGACCAGUACUCUAAACACUUUGCUAAGCUUCCUAUCGGAGAUUCCAUCUGUACGUGUAAUAGUGGUAGUGGGAGGGAUAGAUGAACAUCUCCCAUCUCUACCUUCAAUGUCGGGAGUUAAGCUGAUAUCAUACUCAAAGCUACUUGGUCAGGGCCAAAGUAGUAUAUAUCCAUUUUGCCCUCCCAAGCCUGAAGAUGUAGCCACUAUAUGCUAUACUAGCGGUACUACGGGGACACCUAAGGGAGUUGUUUUAUCACACGGCAACUUGAUAGCAAGUGUUGCAGGCAUGACCCUUUCAAUUAAAUUUCAUCCCUCGGACAUAUAUAUAUCCUAUCUUCCGCUGGCACACAUCUAUGAACGAGCUAAUCAGAUUUUGUCAGUGUACUAUGGUGUAGCUAUUGGCUUCUACCAGGGGGAUAGCAUGAAGUUAAUGGAUGAUUUAGCUGCUCUAAGACCCACAAUAUUUUCCAGUGUUCCUCGAUUAUACAACAGAAUAUAUGCUGGGAUAACCAAUGCUGUAAAGACUUCCGGUGUCCUAAAGGAUAGACUAUUUAACGCAGCCUACAAUUCAAAGAAGCAAGCUGUAAUGAGUGGUAGAAAACCAUCACCAAUGUGGGAUAGAUUGGUCUUCAAUAAAAUAAAAGACAAACUUGGAGGGCGUGUUCGACUGAUGACUUCAGGUGCUUCACCAUUGUCUCCUGAUGUCAUGAAGUUUUUAAGGGUAUGUUUUGGCUGUCCAAUUCUCGAAGGAUAUGGUAUGACUGAGACUUCGUGUGUCAUUAGCUCUAUGGACGAAAGCGACACCUUAACUGGUCAUGUUGGUUCUCCCAAUCCUGCUUGCGAAAUAAAGCUGGUGGAUGUUCCUGAGAUGAAUUACACUUCUGAAGAUCUACCACAUCCUCGUGGGGAGAUCUGUGUUAGAGGUCCCAUAAUUUUCCAAGGCUAUUACAAAGAUGAAGUCCAGACGAGAGAAGUAAUUGAUGAUGAAGGUUGGCUGCACACUGGGGAUAUUGGAUUAUGGCUACCCGCUGGACGUCUUAAGAUCAUUGAUAGGAAAAAGAACAUUUUUAAGUUGGCCCAGGGCGAGUACAUAGCACCAGAGAAAAUUGAGAAUGUAUAUGCCAAGUGCAAAUUUGUUGCGCAGUGCUUCGUGUAUGGCGAUAGCUUGAACUCCAGUUUAGUUGCAGUAGUUUGUGUGGAGCCAGACGUUUUAAAGGAUUGGGCCACAUCAGAAGGCAUUAAGUAUGAAGAUUUAGGGCAACUAUGUAAUGAUCCAAGAGCAAGGGCUGCCGUUCUUGCUGAGAUGGAUGCUGUAGGGAAGGAAGCUCAGUUGAGAGGUUUUGAAUUAGUGAAAGCUGUCACCUUGGUGAUUGAGCCAUUUACGAUGGAGAAUGGAUUGUUAACUCCGACAUUUAAGAUAAAGAGGCCCCAAGCAAAGGCCUACUUCGCCAAAGCAAUAUCCGACAUGUAUGCCGAGCUUUCAUCUGAUGCACCAAAAAGGAUGUUAUGACCACAACUUGGAAUAUUCCAAAGUAUAGAAGCCUCCACUGCUUGUGGAUAAUCUUCAAUGUCUGCUUUGUAAAAGCCAAGUGUGCUAAUUAAUUACUUGCUCUUAUUGGUGUGUAUUGUCCCAAGAAAGUUUUGAUUAAUUCAUCCAAUUUACUGUUCCAAAAAAUUGUAAUAUUGGGAAAUAAUUUGUCGUGCGACCAAUAAUUUAUCGAAAAGUAUUAUUAGCAUAGAUAAUAAAGAAAAUAAUGGUUAUGAAGCCGGUAGAACUGGAAAUUUUCUGAUCACAGUUUUGCAAGUUGUAGUUUUAAAGCAGUCCUAGACGAGCUGACAGCGGCAUGGUUUAUCUCAGAAUGUUUAUUUCUAUGUUGUAAUAUAUUGAAUAAGUUUGUUCGA